GCAUCGAUGGAUCGGGACUGCGGGUUGCGGGAGGAUCGACGACGACUGCUUUCCCAAAGCAGAAGUGGCUGGAGAAAACCCGUUGAUCGUUUUGAACGUAAUGGGAAAGCGAUUAUGCAGCUUUAGUUCAAUCGGCACUGCUGUGAUUUGAGCUAAUGCAAUUGCCUGGCGAUGUCGGUUUGUUUGUGUCCCGGUGUCAAAGACAUUAGGUAUCCAGAGCCGAGGAGCUGGCUACAGGAAACCCAAACCAAACCAAACCAAACGAAACCGAAACAACUCCUUCCGCCUGGCUAUAUAAAAAGCAUUGUUGGCAUCUCGGACCGGCAGUAAGAAAAUCGAAUUGACCGCGUUACCGUCUCCGUCGCAGUCGGUCGUCAUCGAUCCUCAUCGCUAACAUCGCCAUCAUCACGACACGUUCAUCGUUAAACGAUCGGAUCAAUUGAUUGAUCGAUCGCAUGUGCGGAGGAUUAAAGCAAUGAGAAACUCGACAAUUACCCGCAUUCAUAUGGCCGCCGUGGGCCUGCUGCUGCUGGUGGGCGUGCACGGGACAACGAUAAUCAGCAUCAAGUACCCGGAAAACCCCGCGGAAGUGAUCGUGGAGCCGCAGCCAACCAAGCGGGAUCUCAGCCUAAGCUACGCUGCCACCAAUAUCGACUCCAAGGAGGGGACCCGCGUGAAGACCAUCACGGUGAUCAAGAAUGUGGGCGGCAUUUCGGGUACUGAAGAAGCUGCGGCGCUGGGAGCACCCGCCAGCAGCCACAAGCAGCUGCAGCCAAAGCUGGUCAUCGAUCCAGCUUUGCAUAAGAGCGAGGAGUGGGCCACGGCCUUCCGGGAUAACUUUGACUCCUAUGGAGCACUGCCCGAUGUGCCCGACAUCGAUGACCUAUUCGAGUUUGUGAAUCGCAAGAAACCAGAGGUGGAGGUUAAGAAACAGGAGGCGGUGCCCAGUCAAAAGGAGGAGAAGGUGCCGAAGGAGUUAGCAAAGCCGGCGGAGGAGGAAACCACCAACAAGAAGGCAGCAGCAGAUGCCGCCAGUGAACAGAGCGAGGUAGGAGGGAUAAACCCCACUGGCAACAUCGAUAGCGACGAGGCUGUGGUCGAAAAGAUCAAGGGUGAUGCUGAGCUGUUGCCGCACAUCAAGCAGGCCAAUAUCCUGCGCCUCCAGGCGGCCCAGGCUAGAUCCGGCAUCCGCACCAAGGAAUCGCUGAUCGCGGUCAACUACUCCACGCCCAUGCACCAGGUGAGCCAGUACUUCGACAACUAUGUCCAGGCGAUGCCCAAUGGGUACGAUUACUCCAAGCCGUGCGGCUUGCAGCCAGGCAACAGUAUCCAGGUAACCACACCCUCGGGCCGCACCUACGACAUCCCGCAGAGCAACAGCAGUGGCACUGGCGGAGGCAAUCAUCCGUACCUGGCUCCAGCGCUCACGAAGAAGACGCAGAUUCCGCCGAUAACGGUGCAGCCUCCAGUUCAGCAGGGCGGUCCUCCCAAUUACUCCUACGUGAAUUCGAUAGUGCCGCCCAUAGUGAAACAGCAGUCACAGGGCAAUGUGAAUCCUCCGCAGCAGCAGCCACAGCCUCAGCAACCUCCUCCUCCUCCUCCGACUGGAGGCUUCCUGCCGCCUCUGGGAUCAGGCGCGGGCGGAAUAUCCACCAGCCAGCGUCCCUAUGUCGCGCCCAGGCUGCGCAACAAUGGCUUGGGCAUCAGCCGUGCCCCAAGCAGCACUCCGGGACCGAUUCCCGUACAACCCGGACCCGGCCUUGUGGCAAAUCAACCGCAGCCCCCGAACUACCGCACCAGCAUCUUUGGCGGAGGCCAAAAUCGUCCCAACACGCUGCGAUCACGUGGCCUAAAGUAUUGAGCACUUAAACUAGACAUGCGGUCAAAAUAAUAGUUCUUAGAAGAAGAUUACAAUACAAAUUGUCAAUUAAAAAUAAGCAUAACUGUGUCAUUUUAAAAUAACAGAAUUUUUAAUAUACAAAAAAAAUCGGAAAUUAUAUAAUAGCAUUGCCAGGAGGUCAAAGAACAAUAUAUAUAAUAUAUAUUUAUUUUAAAAUUCAAAAAAUUUUACUUUUCCUAAUAUUUGAUCAAAUUGUUAUUAUUAGGACAUAGUAAAGAACGCUAAGAAAAGUAACGAAGAUGUUGUCAUGGAGAGGUAAAACUAAAUUGCUGUUCUUUUAUUCCCUAAAUAGCGUUACCAUGGUUGCUAGCGUCGCUUUUAGACCGAAGCAUAUUUUAUUAUUUAAGAAAAAUCCAUAAACUUAAAUUAAACUAAUAAGCAAAAGGUAUUAUAUUUGUCAUCCGAAAAUCACGCUAAUAACGGAGUGGGGUACCAAAAACCCAAUAACAACAAUACAAAUUGGUGGAAUCAAUAAAAAAAAUUAAUCAAAAAUGUUGUUGAAUAGAAGGGUGAUAGAACUAUAUAUUUAGGAAUUUUUCUUAAUUGAAAUAAGGUGUUAGCCACUGUAUUUGCUUUCUGUAAAAUAGUCUAUAACGAAACGGCUGAAGGUCAGAGAAAUAUGUAUUGUACCUGCCCUAGACUAUAUCUUAUAUCUUCCGUAUUUUUCCGUUUCGAAAAGAUCAAGAUAAUAUUAAGAUAUCGCAUAAAUGUCUAUAAACAACCGUAUUUACUACAGGUUUUGUUAUAUUUUGAUAUCCCAUAUAUUUUAACACUAAAUUGUAUACCGUUUUAAAAUAAUUCGUUAGUAAACCCAUUGUAUUGUUACACAUUUUGUGCUACGAUUUUUUUUAGGUGUUUUUCAAAUACUUUACACGGAAUGUUUUUUUUACACUAUGUUCAAUAAUCUUAAAAUGGUGCUAGUAAAACACAAGCUUAA